GGAAGGACUGCUUAUGUAGGCACAGGGGCAUUGAAUACCAGUACAAAUUAUUUGCAACUGGUUGCUUUAAAUUAAAAAUAAAUAAUAUUGGCCUUCAAAACUUCAACAGACCAAAAAUCUAUCCAGUACUUUAUCAAUGCCUUUUUAAAUAAUACAUUCAGAACAGGAUUAGAAUUAUUUGUAUUUUUAAUCUAAAAAAUAUUGUUUCUAUGGCAGCAUCUCCAUGGAAACAAAUCUAAAAUCUCAAUAAAAUAAAUAUAUUCCUGAUAUCACAACACUGGGUGAAAAAAAGAAUGAAGCACAUUGAAAUCAGUCACUGUCAUUCAUUCACCCUGUCAUCCUCUGUCAUCCUCCCUCUUAAGCUUUGUUUGUGCUCGAUGAGGGUGCAUGAGCCAAAAGUGAUGUCAUCGCGUCUCUUGCAUCGCGCCACUUUUAAGAAAGCUGUAAAUGUUUAAUGUUUAAAUGUCUUAAAUGCCUUUAAUUAUGUUCUGCUGUUUAAAUGUUUAAUUGUUAUUAGGUAAUGAAUUAAUGACUUCAUCUUUUUCAUAAAGAAUGGGGGGGGGGGCACCAUACCUAGUGGAAUUGUUGAAGUUAUUAUUCCUGUCUGCAGCUUGUUUGAAAUUUUUGUUUUUAUUUGAAAUUUUCAUGACAUCAUAGUUGGAUUCUAGAAUUUAAAGAUCAAAGACCAAUUGGCUUUGAUAUUUGAUUCUAGAAUCUGGCUUUCUUCCAUGAUACUAUAUCUGGACAACUCCCAAUGUGUAUAAGGAUUUCUCUCAUUUCAACAAACAUCCCCAACACUAAAACACUAAUUAACUGGUUAAUUGGUUGAUUGACAUUGGUUAAUUGAAGUUGUAAUGGAAAGCGACACAGAAACAGAGGAGGACCUACCCGAAGAGGCUCCCAUAGAUAGUGAACCUACAAAGGCUGACAAAAUGUUUACGGCCAAGGACAUACCGAGGAUUGUAAAAUUAUUCAGAGAGGCUGAUGCUGAUGGAGGUGGAGGCCUAGAUAUUGAGGAAUUUUGUGUGGCGAUGCAGCAAUUAUACACCACCGUCAAUAAAGAAGAACUGAUUGUUCUGCACAUGCAGAUAGACACAAACUGUGACAAGACAGUGGACCUUGGUGAGCUACUGGACUUCUUGUUAAAUAAAAACAUGGCAUCGGAUAACAUGGAUUUCAACAAUAAAAUCUUUCCUAAACCUAUAAAAAUGAUACCCGUGGAUUACGGUAAACCAAUCAUUCGUCUGUUAUUCCGUCCCUAUGAGCAUGACAGCGAACUUGAUCAUGGUUCUGGUGUUUCAAAACGACAAACCAGGACUUAUCAGAAAGGUCAGUACCUCUCCAUCACCUCGGAUGGUACCCUCAACUUCUGGACUGACAGCUUUGACACCCCAUACACAAUUACAUUAUACAAAACACAAAAGGCACUUCCUUUUUCGCAUGUCAAGAAAAUGUGUGUUAGUGACAUGGUGUACCUCAGAGAACUCAAACAGCUGGCUAUCUCUACUUCUGACAGAGAACUGUUAUUCUAUCACUGCAAUGAGUUCCCUAAUACGUUUGAAAUCGUUCACGCUUUAAUAGUAGAGGACAACACAGUGAAUACCAUGAACUACUGGUCCGACGGCACUAAAGCAGUGUUUUUCUUUGGUGAUAUAAAGGGGGUUUUGUCUGUGUUUAUCUCCCACAAUGUACAGAAAAACGGCCUCUUCUGCGCAGAGGCAUACGAGAAAAUCUCUCUGCAGAAGUAUCGAACUGUAUAUGUUUCAGCCCUGUUAAAAAACCCCUCUAAACACUUUCUAUGCGUUAAAUUCCCUAUCUUUAAUGAUAUAUGCAGUCAGAGCCAGUACUUUCCAUUACUUGACUCAUUUGCCAUCUGCAGUAGUUCAUCAAAGACAAUGGUCCUCGCUGCCCUACCCAAACUAGCUAGAACCAAAGUCUCUAAAAAAGUCUUUGAGAGCAGCGGAGAUCAGGAGUUUUUCACCUGUGUUGAAUAUGCCCCUUCGGCUGGGCGUCUGGUGACUGGUGGUACAGAUGGCUUACUGCGGGUGUGGUUUCUCCACAAUACCUUGUCGUGCGAACUGGCAUUAAAAGGACAUGUCAAACCCAUCACCCACAUUAUGUUCAAUCGUGAGGACAAAGUAUUUGUCACUUUAUCUGAGGACAAGAAUAUACGUGUGUGGUCUGAGGACGGCUGGCUGUGUAAGCAAAGCUUCCAUGCUCAAGACAUGGGACGGGCCCCAAUCUCCAGUGUGUGUUAUAACAUAAACAACAACGAGUUAUUCCUGGCUAACUCAGAUAUAGGAAAAUAUCUUGGAAGAGGAACAGAUGUUUUUCAAGACACGUUAACAUCCCAUGACAAGCCCCUGUGCUGUGUUCUCUAUCACAGCAUUUUCAAACAGGUGGUCUCUGUUUGCCAAAAUGGUGUGGUGACAGUGUGGGACAUCUUAAAAGGAAAGGCCAUCAUGCAGUUCAAGGUCACUCCACAUCAGCAUGUGGGGUUCACUGCCAUGUCAUUUGAUGGGCCACAACGCAGAAUAAUCACAGUUUCCCAGGAUGGGAAAAUGAGACUGUGGAACUUUAACAAUGGAACAGAGCUUGAGGUUCUUCCUGUUACCGUGCAGAGGGAGGUGACAGGUAUUGUCUGCAUUAACAAUAGAGUGUUUGUGUCUGGAAGGAACUCCAAGAUCAUUUUUGACCUGGAUUUAGUGGAAGAUGACCACAGGUUUUUGGAGCAUUAUUAUUUAAAAGACAUUUCGUGUAUGGAUGCGUACGAAACCACACUGGCUACCAUCUCCAGCAAUGGAAAUAUUGUUAUCUGGGAUGCCGACACUAGCGAGGUUCUCUACUUGCUCAAUACCAGUACGAGCACUCGAAUACACAUGGCAGACAAAAGAGCUCAAGGCCAGACAGGGAGUCUGCCUGCUGAGAAGAGUCAAUGCAGUGCUCCAUGUAAAAAAUCUACAACUCUGGCUGGGAAUAAGACUGAUGUGAAUAUCAGUGCUCUUAUUAUGUGUUUGAAGACCAGGGAGGUCAAUGCUGACACAGCUACAAUGCUGAAUUCUGAAAAUGGUUACAUCUAUGCCUGGUCUGUUAUUAGCAAGGGAGGUCUGUUAGGAAAGUUCAGGGCAGUGAAUGCAGAAGGUGCAGGUAUUACCACCAUGUCGACUGAUGUCAACGAACAGAUAUUACUGACUGGGGAUAGUACCGGAAAGAUUUGUCUGUGGGACAUUCAGGGAUUUGGGUUUAAACAACAGACAGACAAAGGGCCAUUUGAGGAUAUAAAAGGGUGGCAUGUGUCAUUGUGUCCACCUCCUCUGUUGCGCUCCUGGCGAUCUCACCUCACAGCGGUGGUGAGUGUUCAGUGUGACCCUGCUUGUAAAAACGUAAUUACUGCCGGGUUGGACUGCAAUGUCCGGCUAUGGACAAACACAGGCUGCUGCAUAGGUGUCUUUGGGAAAGACCAAUGGGACGCUGCGCAAUUAUGCCGUGAGGAGAAUGCUGACCAGGAGCAGGCAGGAAGAGCAGGCACAGCAGAGACACAAGACUCUCAAAUGCCAUUCCUUGAGUCUCCGAGGUCAUCAUCACCCAUAUCACCACUACCAUAUUUUGAAGACCUCUAUGACAGAAUUAAAGAGGCAACCACAACACCUAAAAAUAUGCCAAUACUAUCUCAUGAUCAACUACUUGCCAAAUGCGGACAGUUGCUCAAGCUUAAACCAGGAUUUGACAAAAAAAAAGGCAUCCACCUGCUACAUCUGCUCCCUGAAAACGACAAGAACUCUACACAGCAAUCUUCUAGUGAGGACCAGCAAAGGUCUAAAAAUACGUCAACACGAUGUCCACCAAACACCACGCCAACCACAGGCUGCACCAACGCUACAGACAGCUCGCUACACAUGCAGCAAUCUGCUGGUGCCGUCAAGCAGGGAUUUGAACAAAGCUCUCCUCAGACUGCAUCUCUAUAUUUGAACCAGACUAGAUCUAAAUAUGGACACGUGCACAAGAUUCAGCAGAGAGACGCAUUAAAAGGCAGUGUCCUCACACCAUGUCCACCAAACACCCUGCCAGGCAAGCAGGGGUCCGAUCUCACACCAAAGCAUGUACAUUUCCCACCCAUCUCAGACACAGUGCCGCUCACAUAUAGUCAGAGUGAGACCCAACUCAAGCCACAUCCACCUCAGACCUCGCUCACCACAGGCCGCACUAACGCUACAAAGAGCUCACCAAGACUCAGCCGGGGAAGACAUUAAAAGGGAAAGUUUAAAAAAGUAAAAAAAAAAAUGAAUAAAUAAAAAAUGAACAAUAUUUGCUGUGAGUAUUUAAUUCAUUUAACAGUUUCAUUAACACUCAAUUGGCUAUUGGCCAAUGCUUUUGCACCACCAUACUGUUUGGUCUAAAUCAUUUUUACAUCAAGGUGACUUAUCUAAGAAAUAAUGUCUGCACACUAUAGAGGGUGCACACACACACACACACACACAACACACACACAACAACAAAAGAAGGCUUAUAUACUGUAUUUUCUGUCUCCUACCUUUUACAAUCUAAUGUAUGCAGCAUACCUGUGUGUUUCACUUAGCCCAGGAUGAUUUAUCUAAAUACAUAUGUAUGUACAGUAUAUGCCUUACAUGGUGCAUGUUUAUACGAAUUAUAAAAACACUAUAUGGGAAGCCCAUGAUUACCAAGACACACAUAAACAAAAAAAAAAGUAGAAAGUAGAAAAAGAGACUAAAAAGAAACCAUCAGGAAAAAGCUGUCAUAAAUAUAAUUGUAAUUUUACAAGGUUACAAGGUAGAUUUAUUUAUCAUUUUACAACACAGGGUGUGAAACGAGAUUUAAGUUGCAGUUCCCUUUAUGCUACUCUAAGAAACAGACGUUAAAUGCAAAAAUUAUAUACAGUAGAUGAUGAAUAAUAAUAAGCCAUUGAGAUAAAACUAUUUUACAUUGGGGAGUCCUGGGGGUGAAUUUAGCAGUCUCACAGCCUGAGGGAAGAAGCUGCUCUGUAGUCUGGUGGUCCGACAGCAAAUACUUCUGUAUGUCUUGCCAGACGGCAGCAGGGUGAACAGGCUGUGGCUGGGCUGGGUACUGUCUUAUCCUUUGGGCUCUGCGCAGGCACCUCACCUCUCCGAUAUCACUGAUGCUCAGUAGGUUGGGACCAAUGAUCUUA